AUGCGCGGCCGGCGGCACCCGUCGGUGCAGAGGCCGAGAAGUGAGGGCGGGUUCCACAGUCGUCCCAAGAGUGGCGGAGGUGCAUGCACGACUAAAUUAACAAGCAGGAUGCGUUGCGCGUUGGGUGCAGGAGUUUGUAGGGCGCGAUAUUGUGGGCCUUCCCGAGGAUCCUGCAAAGGUUACUUAGUAACUGUGGCCGUAGGCACGUGCAUCGUGGCGUCGUUUGGGUUAGCGCAAUAUCUGCAACCUGUACGACACGUCACAACCGCCAGGCUUUGGAGCAACCGUGGAGGGCUUUGGAUUGAACAACACGUCUGCCAGCGCAGCGUGGACGGAGGACGAGGGUGUGCUCACCCCGCCGGGAGGCUUGUGCGGUGCCUUUGUCCAGCUGCCACUUUCGCUUCAUCCGCAGCAAGCGAAGACCGAGCAAGCGCCGUCGUGAAGAGCUGGCUAGCGUUGACGGCGGCCGGGCUGGCUGGCAGGACACCAAACCUAUGGCCAUAG